AUGCUAAUGGCAGCCGAAGUUAAGGAAAAAAUGAAAAAUGAAGGCUCACCAGUGGAGCACCGUGACAGACUUUUCAUAGGUGAAAUAAGGCGAGAUUGGGAACCAAAAAGGGUCCAGUCUUUCCUGCGCAAUCUGCUUCCUGAAGCCACAUCCAUCGAUGCUUAUGCUGAGGGUAGCCCGCUGAUGAGAAAUCGUGGAUUCGCAUUUGUUAGCUUCGCCGAUGUUGGUACAGCAGUACGAGCAAAGGAAAGGCUACUGAGUUCUCCGAUUAAGAUGGGAGGCCGAGCACUCACCGUAGAUUGGGCGAGAGCAGAACACACCGUCUCCGCCGAGAUUAUGAAGACGGUGGCCAAUUUAUUCAUAAGAAACAUAGCACCAGGCACGUCAGAGUAUGCGCUCAAGCAACUAUUUGGAGCAGAAGAAGCUGGUGUUGCUCGAGUAAAGAUCCAGCGAACAUAUGGAUUCAUACGAUUUCAUAAAAGAGUUCAAGCUGAAGCAGCUUUGGAGAAAUUCAAUGGAGUGAUAUUGAACGGCAGCCGUUUGGAAGUAUGUUGGGCUCGUCCUCCUCCUCCGGGACGCCAUGCAAGAAAGACUCCAAUGACAGGACGUCAUCAGUUACUCGCAUUACCUCAACAAAUUCCCCAGCCCUCAAUUUCUACGGCGCACAAUUACGAAGGCAUCCCUUUUCGACAAGUUGAAGCUCCGCUAUUCACCGCAGCCCUGCUCGAUGUUCCACUUCUAACUCCAGCAAACACUCCAGGCACUAAUACUCCAACAGCAUCUGGCCUAAUGCCGGCUUUACCUGUUGCAUACAUUAAUGCAUCACCCGCUUUGCCUGCACACGCGACUCCCAUUGCAGCUCAAUCAUCUGCCAUCAUGUCUUUUUCCGACCAUGCUCGCGGUCUUGGACUAGGUGAUGUUCGAGCAGUAACUUCAUCUGUGAUACUCAACAACCUUGUCUUUUUUGGAACCUCGAUAUUUGUUGGUUGCAUCCGGGUAGACGGGCCGCUAGCUCCAUCGAAGCUAGAAGCUGAACAAAAGUCCAGUGAUCACUUAACCUGA